UCGCGCGGCGGGGUCUGAGGGAGAGAGGAUCACGUGGCGGAGCUGCGCCUGCGCGCUGCGCGCUGUUGUUGUGGCGGCGCGGCCCGGCCGGCAGCGAUGAGCGACAACGAUGACAUCGAGGUGGAGAGCGACGAGGAGCAGCCGAGGUUUCAGUCCGCGGCCGACAAACGGGCUCAUCACAACGCACUGGAGCGCAAGCGCAGGGACCACAUCAAGGACAGCUUCCACAGCCUGCGGGACUCUGUCCCCUCCCUCCAAGGAGAGAAGCAACAGGCAUCCCGGGCCCAAAUCCUGGACAAAGCCACAGAGUACAUCCAGUACAUGCGCCGGAAAAACCACACGCACCAGCAAGACAUUGACGACCUCAAGAGACAAAACGCCCUCCUGGAGCAGCAAGUGCGUGCGCUGGAGAAGGCCCGGUCGAGCGCCCAGCUGCAGGCCAACUACCCCUCGACGGACAACAGCCUCUACACCAACCCCAAGGGCAGCACCAUCUCUGCCUUCGAUGGUGGCUCCGACUCUAGCUCUGAUUCGGAACCCGAGGAGCCUCAGAGCAGGAAGAAGUUGCGCAUGGAGGCCAGUUAGGCUCCUCAACAGCCCCGUGCUGCUUUCAGCACGCCCACUGGCUGCGUAAGGACUCU